AUGGUCGACCUAAUUUUCCAGGACCUGAUGAAAGCCUUCAAUGCGAACGAAAAAAGCUCUAAGAAGAAAGAAGAUGAACCAAAGAAGCCUGCUCCAAAAAAGUCCGAGGAACCGAAACCAGCAAAGCAGAGCUCUGCUCGCAAAGAAAGCAAGGCUAGUAGCGACGACGUGAAAGAUACCCCGACAACGGGCCAAAAGCGUAAAGCCUCAUCCUCGAGUAACAGUAACGACGGGCCUGCUGCAAAACGCGGAUUCGACCGUGGCUUGGAUGCUGAAAAGAUUAUAGGAGCCACGGAUUCGGCCGGUCAGCUGAUGUUCCUUAUGAAAUGGAAGGGAUGUGAGGACGCUGAUCUGGUGCCAGCGAAGGAAGCCAAUCUCAAAUGUCCGCAGGUGGUUAUCCAGUUCUACGAAGACCGUAUGGAUGACCAUCAGAUGAUAGAAUUCUAUCAUGGAUGCCCGCAUUCCCUCAAUCUGAAUAGAUUGCACAUCGCUAGUCUUCAGUUCCGCGGAGACGUCGAAGUGCUAGAGAUGAGCGUGCGGUCGUGUUCCGUUUGUCAUGCUGACUCGUCUGCCGUCAAUUUUGACCUGAACGAGUCGUUGCAAGCGUGUGGAAAAAGUGCAUUAGACUUCUUAAUCGAUAACGGUAUUAUAGAUUGGAAUACCUUGAUGACAGAAGCGUCGCUUUGUGAAUUGUGUUUGAGUUUUGUUCUUUCUACGGAUGAUAUGCUCAAUGCCGCAGUAAUGCGUCUGUCCGAAUUGUACGAACAGCGCAUCGCUUCUCCUUCGCCAUCGGAUGAAUGUACCUACGAUGUCUGA